AUGUAUCCCAUCUUUCCUUUAAUAAACAACCACAAAUGGAGGUUUCGCCAUGCUACUAUCCCUUCCGACCAUACUCAUCAAAACAAGACCACGACACCACGCGAAACACCUUUGCAGUUGGAGAAGGGAUGGUUUUGGUUCCGGAAAUGGGAUUCAGAAGACAUGGCUAGCAUUUCUUGGUUCACCAUGAUACAUGUGUUGGCUGCCAUCGCACCUUUUGUGUUUGAUAUGGGCGCAAUCUUGUUGGCUCUAGUCUUGGCUAUCUUGACCGGAAUCGGUGUGACCCUAGGUUAUCAUAGACUUCUGUGCCACCACAGUUUCAAGAUCCCCAAAUGGCUUGAGUAUUUCUUCGUUUAUUGUGGUGCUCAUGCCUUCCAGAGAGAUCCAAUGUUUUAUGUGAACACACACAAGAGCCACCACAAGUAUACGGAUACAGAUAGGGAUCCUGUUGCCCCAUCCCACGGUUUUUGGUACUGUAAUAUGGGCUGGUUCUUCAACAACGAUCACAUUGCUGCACAGUGUGGAGAAUCAAGAGGUGGAGAAUACUCGAAAGUACGAGAGCUGAAGGCGCAAUGGUUUUAUAGGUUUCUUCAUUAUACAUACUUUUGGCAUCCAACUGCACUUGCAGCCCUACUAUAUCUACAUGGAGGCUUUUCCUACUUGGCUUGGGGAAUGGGCAUGCGUGGAGUGGUGGUUCAUCAAUUCGCCUCCCUUGCAACCUAUGUCAGCCAUAUAUGGGGCGAGAGGCCAUGGAACAGCCCCGAUACUUCCACCAAUAACUGGUGGGUGGCCAUAUUAACUCUAGGAGAGGGUUGGCAUAACAAUCACCAUGCUUUCCCAAGAUCUGCUCGACAUGGACUGGAACGGUGGCAAUUUGACUUCACAUGGGAAUUGAUCAAGUUUCUUGAAUUGGUUGGAUUGGCAACAGAUAUUAAAUUACCAAGUGAGACCCAAAAAAGAAGAACUGAAUUGCGUUGGGCCAGCUCGAACUCGAAAGAGAAAACUGAUAGUAACGUUGAACGAAAAGAAUGAAACCUUCAAGAACUUUGACGAGGCAUACUAUGUAUGCAGAGAAUUAGAGUUCGUUUCAUGUUCGAUGAUGUCAAGAAGGUAUUAUAGCAGUUGGUAAUAAAUGGGUUAUGUGCAAGGCCACUUCAAACCCAUAAACAAAGUGGAGUCUAAUUGUACACUAAGUAGAAAUAUCGAUGUUUGUAUGUUUGUGUAGUCUUAUGU